UAACAUUCUUGCAAUGGCUACAGCCGAGGAAGCAACUGUUUCCUACGACACAACAGCCACAACUUCGGACGGCCCCGUCCAUAGCUUAAUAGAAAAUCGCCUCAUCGAACUACACAAUAAAUACGACCACUUCCUCCAAGAGGAAGAAAAUGUCCUCCGUUCUAAAGCCGACGUCUCCGUCAGGAUCAAUGAACUUGAGCAUCUUCGACACUCUCUUUCUGCCGCCGUCUCCGAAGAAAUCUUUCUCUCCCCACAGAGUCAAACAAUUUGGCUAGAAAAGAUAACCUCAGAAGCUCAAUCCAAUGAUCCUGUUGAAGUGGCUGCUGCUGCUGCUGCUGCCUCCGGGGCUUCUACGCCUUUCCAGGUUCUGGUGCCUAUCGUGGAUGAUUCAGCUGCUCAGUACCAGCCAAGGGAUGAUUUGGAGAGAGAUAAUCAUGCAGAAGAUAUUACAUUUCAACACGAACAUGACAGACUGCAAGCAGUUAAUGGAGAAUCCAGGGAGCAACAAUCGGUUCAACAACUACCAAAUCAGAACCAAAGAGGUGGACGAGGUGCAGGAGGUGGACAAGGUGCAAGAGGUGGACAAGGUGCAAGGGUUGGGCGAGGUGCAAGGGUUGGCGGUAGGGGUGGUCAUAGAGGUCGAGGCAGUGGAAGGGGAAAUGUAACCGACCAGAAUAGGCGUAAUCAACCUGACAGUCCUUAUUCUAGGAACCAACAUAACAACAGGGGCAGAGGUGGUAGGAACGAUGACUAUGAUGACAACUCGGACUGUUGUUGUUGUUGACCAUGCCGAGACCACGGGGUGUUGUUUUUGGUUCUUUGGCAUGAUGAUUUAGGUCUAGUUGUGGGUGUUAUGUCUGGGCUGCAUUAUUUGGAACACAGUUUGUUUAGCUUUGUUUAGUUUUCGUCUGCUCUGGAUAUUCUCUGGUUUGACCGUUUCUGCCUGUGGAGUGGGUCGAGGCUUUACCAUUGGAGUUUGUUUUGUGUGCAUAGUUGGGAGUUUGAUUUGUGUGCUUUGUUGGGAGUUUGUUUUGUGUGCUUUGUUGGGAGUUUGUUUUGUGUGCUUAGUUGGGACUGUUGUCUCCUUAGCCAUUGUUUGGGACACUCUUUUUCUUCCAUUUAGGAUUAAGGUGGUCUUUUAACGAGACCCCUAUAAUGUGUGUAUCUCUAUAUGUAUUAAUUUCUUAUAAUGUGUGUAUCU